AUGCAUAAACACGUUCAGUCGUACCGUAUACAUGUGCGAUACGGUGGUACACAUGCGGUAAACAUUCACACUAGUGUCGGCUGUUUACAUUAAACGUAUUGGCAUAAUAAACUACAAUAGUUUCCGUGCUGUACACUGUUCGAUAUCAAGUGAUUUUAAAGUGUAUUUCUGUCAAAUUCUGUGAAGACUAAGGACGUUUUGUAGUGUUACUAAAUUUAGUUUUAGUGUGCAAUAGGACGAGUGUUAAAUAUCCAUGCAUAUAUCAAGGUCAAUAUUUCGACAGUUGCUACAUCCACAGGGACGCGGUACCCAAUGGAGCUGUUUUUCCACAACGGUUAAAAUGCAGCUGGAUAUUAGUGGAAUUUAUCCGCCUAUCGCUACACCUUUUAAUAGCGAUGAAAGUAUAGCGUACGAUAAACUGCAAGAGAACAUUGCGAAAUGGAAUAAAAUACCACUGCGAGGUUACGUGGUUCAGGGGUCCAACGGCGAGUACGUCUAUCUAAGAGAUGAGGAACGCGUGGAUCUCGUGCGGCAUGUGGCGCGUGCGGCGGGACCGGACAAACUCGUGGUGGCAGGGGCUGGAUGUGAAUCUACGCGCGACACAGUGCGCAUGUGCAAGCGGAUGUCGGAGGCGGGGGCCCGGGCAGUCCUGGUUGUGACCCCCUGCUUCUAUAAGGGGCUCAUGUCCAACGAGGCGCUCUAUCAACACUUCACAAAGGUGGCCGACGCGAGUCCCGUACCUGUGAUUAUAUACAGCGUCCCCGGGAACACGGGCAUCGACAUGGCACCGGAAGUUAUCAUCCGGCUGUCCUCGCAUCCAAACAUCGCCGGGGUCAAGGACAGCGGUGGUGACAUCUCCAAGAUCGGCUACAUCGUCCAUAAGACUGCGGGUAACGACUUCCAGGUGCUUGCAGGAUCCGCCAGCUUUCUGCUUCCGGCCUAUGUCGUCGGUGCGGUCGGCGGAGUUAUGGCGCUUGCUAACCUGCUGGGCGGCCCGUGCUGCGAGCUUGAGCGGCUGUACAAGGAGGGUCGGAUGGAGCAGGCGAUGCGGCUUCAGCACCGCCUCAUUGGCCCCAACACAGCGGUGACAAAGAAGUUUGGUGUUCCGGGCUUAAAGGCCGCUAUGGAGAUGUUAGGUCUGUAUGGCGGGCCGGUUCGGUCUCCUAUAUUACCGAUGUCCCAGUCUAACCGGGACAUUCUGGCGGGAAUACUCAAGGAGGAGGGGUUUGUGUGAGUACGCAGCGUCAUGGACAUGCGACAGGAUCAUUAAUUGAUAAAGGGUGUGGGUCGGGUAUCUUUGAGAUAAUGAUUGAAGUAUUUCUGACGAUUAAACGUCUAUAAGCAGAAUGUUAUCACUGAUUUAAAGUACUUUUGUAACUGUAUGAUUUCAGUCAUGUUGACAAAUAUUUGCAAUGCAGUAUUUGAUGUUGAAUGAAGAUUUGAAAUCAAACUAAAAUGUGUUGGUUUAUACCAUUUGAAAUGAUGAUCCUAUUAAACCAUUAACUGGCAGGUUGUCUAUGUCUAUCGAUGUUGCAAUGGUUCAGACAAAGACGGCAACAUGUCCAAGUUGUUAUAAUUCAUUAAAUGUCUAAAUGUUGAAUGAAAUACGACAGACACGGCGCAACCUUGCAGAUCAAUUGGAUGUAUGGACUAGAAGGACGUGGUUUUUGGAACAAAAAAUGGAAUCGUACCAGUUUAUAAAGUAAUUGUAACUUUAAUCUGGUGUGUAGAACAGCAUGAUGUUGAUAUAAAUACAUAUAUUGAUACAAUGAAGGAUUACUCGAACUCAGUGAAGGCAACAUUAUGUUUUGUGUAAACAUUCAUAUAUGAUCACACAUUGCCUGCACAUAUACACUGCGGUAGUGCUUGUGAUUGAAAUUCUGUUUCUCGUGUUCAUAAGGAGCAAUCAUUCAAACAUGGGUUCGAAUAUUGCCGCAUUGAUUGAUGGCAACCCAGCGAUGUUAAAGAAAUGUCAUCUCAUUAUUGAUUUAUGAGUGUCCGUCGUCAAGGUUGAAUUAUUCGGUCUUUCAAGUAAUACUGUUCGUCAGUUACUCUGGCCAAGACCCGUGACACUGUGGCCCAAACGUAUCUCCUGGUAAUUGCAAGAAUAAACGGAAGCAAACA